UCCUGGAAAGACAGCGCUGUUCCUAAAUUUGCCGUUUUGUCCUUCUCUGUGACACAGACGAUCCUGAAAGCUCUUUGCAAGUUUUCUGUAUCACACCAGGAAAAUGGACUCAAGUCGUCAAGAUAACAACCUUCAGAAGGACUUCUUGGCCUUCCUGUUUCCGGAAUCUUCCUCUGACCAACAACGAGGCCAUGACUCUCAGCAGAACGAAGUUCAUAUGAACGCAGCUGCUGUGCAUGGUCAACGAUCGAAUUCUGGGAUGCUCAACUUUACCGGAACCGUCAACCCUCCUCCUUUCAAUCAACAAUUAGAUCUUAUGGCUAUGAACAAUCUCAUGUCUAUGCAGGGCAUGGACAGCACGUCGCUUCCGGCCUUGCCCAGUUCCACGAGCCUCACCCCUCAGGUCAUUUUUGAACAGCAGUACAAGCUUGCUCAGCUGCACCAGCUGCAGCAGCUUCAAAAUCAAAUUCAGAAUCAAAUUUUUCAGCAGCAGCUCGCCCUUAUCAGUGGACAAUCAGCCCUGAAUACGCAUGAUACCAGCGUCGAGCCCGCAAGGGAUCAGAUUGCAUCGUUUAGUGGGCUUCCGACUCCAAUGUCUUCCACGGAGCUCCGUCCUUUGCCUAACCCAGAGUUUAUCGACCGUAUUGGCUCACAAUACCCCAAUCCUCCUCAGGACGUGUACUCGUCCCAUACGCUUGACCCUGUUUCCCUCCCCUCUCCCCAUGACGUUUCUGUCUCCCCGCAAUAUCUUCGCGACACGCGCCAUCCAGGUUCUAGCUCUGCACCUGCCAACAUAGUAUUUCAUCACAUGAGCCCUCCCGUACCACCUCCAGACCUUGACAUUGACAUUUCUCCGUUGACGAGCCCCUGGCUUGAGGCAUACCAUAACCAACGUUCCCCAAAUAAGCGCACGAUAUCCCCAAGUGCAGAAGAUGCGGCGCGUGCGGUGCGAAAGCGGGGACCCUCCACGGCUUCCCCGGCGUCAACAGCGAGACAAUCCAUUAGGCAUGCCAAGAGCGCCACAAAUACCCCUCUUCUACGCUCCACCAAAUCCCGCAGGAAUAGCACCAUCAUGGAGACAGAUUCACCGUCACCUGUCGACUUGUCGAUGCCGCCCCCCGCGCCUCCAGGACCGCGCCAAUCUCCUUCCAAUUCUGCAGCACCGAGCACUCCUGAAGCGACAUCGCCAAUGACUCCGGUCACUCCCGCAAGCAUAAUGAAUCUUGGCCGUCUGGGUAUUAGCAGUAGUCUCACUACUGCCGCAGCACCCACAUCCCAGAAAGCUGAUAGGGUAAAAGAACCAGCUAGGGCCAGGAUAGCGCCUGAUAACAGUGCACCAACCAAAGGACUCAGGAAGGGCACACUGCCGUUCAUCAAUCCUGGUCCUAAGCCGAUCUUACCAGCUGGCACGCCAUCAUCCGUAAAUGCGGGCUCUUCUGCACUCUCACCUCCUGUUCCUAAUCGCAAGUCGCACAAGGACGCCGAACAAAAACGCCGUGAUUCGCUGAAGACUGCAUAUGACGAUUUGCGUAUUUUGCUCCCACCAGUUCCGCUGCCUUCCGAUGAGAACUUUCCUGAUGAACCGAUCCUUCCGGGUGCUUUACCCCCCAGAGGACCACCAAAAGCUGGUGGGGAUGGUCCAAAUAAAGCUGUCAGCAAGCUGCAGCUGCUCAGAUGCGGGAACGAUUUUAUUCGAACGCUCAAAGGUCGGGUAGAGCGUCGAGAUAGCGAAAUAGAGAAUCUGAGGAAAGAAGUAUUGAGACUGCGUGCUAUUGCUGGAGAUGCUGCUGGAGGGGAACACAUAGAUCUAGAACAGGAUCUGGAUGCCAUUGAAGCUUAUUCGACUUUCCGCCAAUCGUCACUAGGUGCCGUUGCGGAGGGGGACGAUGCAGACGAUGGUGAAGAGUGAAGGGUGAAGGGUAGGCUGCUGGUCUAUGCCAACUAAUUCCCUUGUCAAAAUAUGUAUAGUAUAGUUAUUGUUUCUGAACAAAGGUUUAAUCGAGUGGACUAUCGGCUGGA